AUGUAUCCUAUGCAUUGUCAGGAUGUGCCAUGGCCCUCGAUAGCUUCGGGUGAGCAACACAGCUACUCUAACGCCUGCCAAGAGGUUGCUCCCUAUUCAAGCGCACCUCCAGAGGCUGAUCAAGCGCAAAGCGAGCUCCAACAAUGUACUCAAGCAACCCACGCCAGAUCCGAGUUUGGCGCACAGCAAGGAAACGAGCCCUUCAGCCUAGCAGUAUGGGCUGCGCAGGUCGAGCAAGAGGCACUGAUACCCUGCCCGUCAUAUCAGUCAGCUCUGAACAUCCAAGCACUUGGCACGAAUGGGCAGACCGCAAUCCAUGCGUUUGGAAUCGAUGCGGCAGCCUACGAGCUUGUCGACCAAGGCAACUGCGACCUCACUGCAGUUGCUGCGAUGGCUCCACUUCAGAUCAGCUCGAGUACGACUCUCGACGGACCAGUAGAGAACUUGCCCUGGAUGACGUCUGCAAGCUUGACACCUUCUUCUGCGCCCCUCAACUCGGCAGCUCGUUCGUGUGCAGAUGAUGCUUCGCCAUUCGACCCAGCCGCUCCGCUUACUGAAAGCUCGCCAGGGGCAAAACGCGACUUGAAUUGGGCUACUAGUACUCCGCUAUCAUGUCCUACCGUUCAACGUCGACAGAAUCAUGCUUGCGAUCCUUGUCGCAAGGGCAAGCGCGCCUGCAAUCGAGACGAUCCAGCCGGCAUCACUACAUGCUGGUCAUGCCAGCAGAGUAACGUGAUUUGCACGAACGAAUACAUCACCACCAGGCUCCGAAGCAAAGAGCUGGAAAAGGAGCAGAGAAGCACUCAGAAGAUGAUCCGGCGUAGCUCAGCUGCUUCUCCAAUGGCAGGCGCUCGGUGCGAGACCUCACCGGACCGUGUGGAGUGUCUCGCUGGUCCAAUUUCCGAGGCGACCGUCGGCACCUGUUCGAGCCGCAAGCGCAGGUACUCUUUGACCUUGAGCAGCAAAAUGGAGCUUGCUAUCAUUGACUCGAACUUGAGAGGUAAUGUGGUAUCUCGUGAGUCUGCGGGGUACUUUGCUGCGAUGUGAAAGCUCUUCCUCUUUGACCUCGCCACCGAAAUCAUAGACAGCUACAGCCGAUUUUUGAACGUAUUUGAGCUUCCAAUGUCCAAUUGGCUCAGUCCAGGGUGCAUUCCGGCGACCACAGGUCUCAAAGUCCUACGAGCGGAUUCGUGUCCUCAAUUUGCGCAACUUUUGGGCGCCGCUAGCAACAUCAGUGCAGCAUACAAGGGCAUCACCUCGUCGGCCUCUGCCUCGUCGUUGCAAGUCAGGACUCAGCCUGGACUACUCUUGGUCAUGACCAUGCUCGACAUCGUAUUCGGCGACUGCUUGUCUUUGAAGCCUCAGUCAGAUACUGAAUGCUCAACAGCUGGACCUUUUAACUUUGAAACUCUGAGAAAGACGGACCAAGUCGGAUAUGCUUUGGUCUUGAGCAUCAUUGCGUGCAUGGCUCAGUACCAAGAACGCAGCAAGCAGGGAGAAUCAGCUAGUGAGAGGAGCAAGUAUGUCCAAGAUCGACGAGUCUUUGCCGAUAGCGCCUGGAUCAAAGCCAGAGACGCUUGCUUCCACGCCAUAUCUGCCCGUUCCUUCCGUCUAGCCUUGGUGAGUAGCGAAGAGGCUCUCUGCGACUCUUCCCAAGGUUGUCCACUGAUAUUUGAUGGAAUGUCUCUGCUCGAGCAAAUGCCAGGCACUCAUUCUGCUGGGCGCCACUGAGCCACCCGACCGCGAAACGCUCACAGAAGGCCGCCGGCCACCAGAAGAUCAACUGUAUGCCCUACGCGAAGGUUCAGAGAGACUUGUACUACUUCUACGAUGCGCGCGCUCCCAGCUCGAGGAUGAUCUUCCUGAGCCUCCGGUGAGCCCUUUGACCAGGGCAUGCGGAGAAGAGUGUCGUCAACUUAUUUGCACAGCAGAAUGGUUCGAAGGCCUCUCCGGCCGAGUCGUGCGCACCCUUACGGAAAGCAGACAGUCUCGAAUUUACUCGAUGAGAGGGGUGAAGCCCACUUUCUGGAAAGAGAUGUUGAAGAUCCUACCCGAUAGGCACGCUUUACGCGCUCAAUUGGACGGGAAUUGCAACGUCCUCCUGGGCAGUGUCCUUGUGCCGCAAGAUCUUGAAAAGCUGCCGCGGAUAUCCUGCGCUGCACAGACUUGGAAUGCCACCAUCAAACGAAGCUUGACUUCUGCAAGCAAGCUCAGCAGUGCUAUCAAGCUGCUUGGAAACGGCAAGGUCGGUCUUGCGGAGCUCGAGUGUCUGCUGGGAGAGGCGGCUGCACAUAAAGUUCUGCUCUGGACCAUGUUCUCCGAGCUGGUCAAGAUGCGUCGUGCUUUCCACAAGGUGUCGGACGCACAGGCGUUCGAGAUGGCAGCGAGCGUUUCUAGAGCGGUGCACAUGUGGAUGCAACUUUACCAACCCUUGCAAGACCAGGCGCUCAAAAUGGCUGGCGAGCGCCGCUUGUCUACAGUGACGGAAACUCAUCUGUGCUACCUCGUGCAGCACGCCAAUCAAGUCUUGCUCUACCUCUCCGACAUUGUAGAGAUUUUAUGCAUCGACAGACCUCAGUUGGUCGAGCGUCUGCUCUGCACCGAGCACGAGACGCUGUUCACGGUGACCGGAAGAACGGGCCUCAAAGUCACUAGCGCUUGUGCCCUGGCAGCCGUCACGCGCCUCAAGAUUCGAGACGAGCCUAUGCGUGUGGCUGACGCUGAACGUUUGCGAACCACGCACAAGCUAUCGGUGGACCAUCAGAUGCUGUUCGACGAAACAGCAAUCUCGUUGACGUACCAUCCCGUGAGUUGCAGCAUCCAAGAUGAUCCUCCACCAAGCACAUCCAGACGUUCAUUCCCACCAAUCUGCGCACCAGUUCCCUCCUUUGGUUGUGCAGGCCAUGGCAAUCGCCGCGCACACCUUGCUGAGCUUGAUGGAAGAUGCUCGCAUCCCUCCAAAACACCAAAAGGCUGCACAAGUGGACGUCUCGGUGUUCCUUCAAGGACUAGGUAGCCUUGAAGAGACGCUCGUGCGAUUCCCUCAUCAAGUCAUCGGCAAAAAUUGCACCUUGACCAGACUGCACGAGCGCUUCGCUGCCCUGUGCAUCACCGACGACCAAGACAUCGACGCGUCUCGCCGAGCCUGCAUACCAAUCGCGUAG